ACUGCUUUACAAUUUGCGUCUGUGGGUAACACUCGCCGAAUGUAUAUAUAUGCGAGGUUUAAAAAAUGACGCUAAAUACAAUUGAGAGAGAGAGAAACCAAUGCAACUAGCAUUAAAAUAUCCCUAAAUCCCAAAUGAGAUGUUCUUCGACCUAGCCCUCAUCCUCUUCGACCUUGCUCUGGCGAUCAACAGGCUGCCCCUUCGUCUUCUUCAAAAUCGCCCACUUGAGCCUUCGUCUUCGUCUCUCUGUCAUCUUGUUAUUUCCACUGCUGCUGACGGUUUUAGGUAGGCGGUAGCUUCGCCAAUCGGAACUGAGUCGCCGCUGGCAAUCUGAACUGAGUCAUCAAUUCGUAAUGGGAGACCCGAGUGAUAGUAGCAGUGGUGAGGAAGAUGGAGAUGUCGCAUGGAGAGCAGCAAUUGAUUCAGUGGCCACCACAACCUCUACUUACGUCUCUUCCAUUAUUAAUGGCUCUUCUGACAUGGCUGCCAAGCAACGUCUUACUUCGGCCGAUGAUGGCAAUGACUGCCGAAACCAAAAACUCAAACACUACCAAAUCAAGCAAAUGUUAAUGCUUCAUUGUUCCAAUAAGUGGAAGUUGGCAUCUUUUGGAGGUUUAAGGAUGGCAAACUUGUUUUCCUGCACUUUCCACUGCUUAAUUUCACAGAAAGCGAUUAUUUUGUGGACAUAUGAUCCUUGCGAAAGGGACGCGAAAUUAGCCCGGGAAGCCUUGGAAAACAGUAAGAAAAGUGUUGAGCAUCUCAAAAUGAUAGUUGAGAUGUCAUGUGCAUCAUCUCCUGACCAUUCGGUGGGAGUGAGGCAAGCUUACACUUCUCUUCUUCAUUGUUCUUUAGAGGAAGAUAUUGCAUCAAAUGUUUCUCCUUCUUCACUAGCAAAGCUUCUAGUGGCUGUAGUGAGCUCAUUUAGGUAUGACAGAGAUGAGGUGGAUUCUGCUAUUGCCAAUUUAGAGGCAUCUAGAUUACAUGAGGCUAUUAAAAUAAAGCAAUUAGAUGAUGAUCAUGUUAAUUGGAUACUCAGCACUAGGAAUUUCUAGCUCUCUCUUGUUUUUUUUAAUUAAUUACUUUCUUAGUUUAAUUUGUGUAGUUUCGAGAUCAAUAAAUGAAAACAUAUAUUGUUUUUGUUUAUUCGAGAUUUUAUUUUUAGACUAAUUGUUUAUAUAUAUUGUCUUGAUCAUGACCAAACAUUGUCCUAUUUUUAUUAUUUUAUCAUCAUUAUUAUAUAUCUACUGUAAAAAUUUAUUUGAAUUUUUU